CCCAGGCAGAAGGAUCUCAGGACCACACUCCUAAUCCCUGUGGUGAACUGCCUCCUUGUCCUCAUGGGGUCCUGGCAACAAAUGCCUACUAAGUGCUCCAAAGCCAAGAUAAGGGUGAGGCAUUCGCCUCAGGCACAAAAUUUCAGGGAGCCCCAAACACUCAGUAAUCAAAUAAAUAUUAUUUAAUAGAUUUUAAAAUACAUUCAAUAUACUAAACCAAUAGUAUUUUAAUGCAAUCUGUCAAAAAAAAAUCUAAAUGAAUGCCAAAUGACCCGUGAUGAACAAAAUAUCAAAGUGUUACAUAAAAACAGAAUCUAGAUUCAUGAUUUUCCCUGGGCUUCAGCCUCAUGUCAGUACAGUAGUGUUCCUGAUCCUGUCUCCCAGGUUUCUGGGUCAAGCAACUAGAGAUGCAAAAGUCCAGAGAAGUAGUAGUUUGCUUGUUCCGAUGAGGGUGAGGGGAGAGGAAGGAACUGGUUUUGGACAUAAUGAGUCAGAGAUGUCCGGGGCAUCCAGGAGGGAUGUUCUCAGGUCUAAGAACUUGGAGGCAGUUAAGAAGGGAUGGCAGGGUGGGUAGGGCACCCUUAUUUCAUGUAUUUGGCGCGUGGUAGGUACGCAUUCAGCACAUGUGGUCUAAAUCACUGGUCCUCAGGGUCUGCAUCACAGUUCAGGAAUCUUUUCAAAUUCUCUCAUCCAAAGAUUUUAUUUUCUUUCCUAAACCUUCUACAUCACAAACCUCAGAUAUGUUCCCUUAUGGGUGUGGAAGUUUAUUGCUCGGGUGGUAAGAACAUCUCCCACGGAAACUGAAAAUAACUCUAUUCCACGAGAAUUUGGCAUGAAGGGGGAAGAGAAGAAUUAAUAUAAAUUGGCUCAAUUUCCUCCUUAUUAACUGAUCCUCCAAGAAGAGAAGAGGAGCUAAGAGAAAUGAAAGAGAAGAUAGUAGUAAAGGAGAAGAAAGAAGAAAGAUUACAGGAGCUAAAAAAUGCAGUGGCGAGAGCUUGGCUAAGUAUUAAAGAAGGGCAGACGUGUUUCCAAAUAGAAGCAGUUUUUUAGAUAUGUCAGGAAGCAAAGCUCCAAAUGAUGGGUGGAAAAUAAAGGUUAUUUAGACUGAGCUCAGCAGCAUAGAAAAGGUUCAUAGGAGAAUCAAACUGAGGAACAGGCCUUUCAGUAACAUGGAAGCCUUACUGCCUCAGCUCCAGGUUCGCUGCAUCCAGUGUUGGCAUCAACGAUGGGAAUUCUUGCCAUGGUUUCAGGACCUUGGACCAAGUAAAGUCUUUCCAUCCUGACUUUACAGUUCUCAACAAUCUUCAUGGAACAAUCUCUGUUGAAGACUAGUUAGUUUCCUGAGCUUAUCCUCAGGUAUCCACUUCUUUUGCUGCCCAACAAAGCAUGAGAUAUUCUGGAAACACCCACAACCAGGGGGAUAUGUGGUUCCUGUAAAAACACCACUUCUGUGAGACUAAUGAAUCUGACAAAUGUUUAGUGACAGUGGAUCAUGGAAAAGAAAUGUCAGUACACCCAAAUCAGAUCAGAAUCAUUCCCUGCUUCAAGAGGCUCAUUCUUUGGCCUCAUAAACCAGAUAGAUGCACACACAAGAAGGACUUGAGAUGAAGUUCAUGUCAAAUGUUGGAUCAUGUUACUCAGAUCAUGGGCAACAGGAACUCAAGAAAGGGUCAGAGGAGUGAAUGGGCCACAAUAAUAAUGUUAAUAAGAACACUGUUUAUUGAGCAAGCUCUGCACCAGGAGCCAUACCACAUGUGUUGUGUGCAUUGUCCCAUUUCAUCGUCACAGUGAUUCUGGGGUAGGCGCCAUUACUAUCUUCAUUUCACAGAUGAGGAAAGUAAGGGUCAGAUAUGUGGGGUCACCUGCCCAUUGAGUGGAGCUGAGAUGUUGACUCAAGCAGACCAAUCCUUGAGCCCAGAGAAAGUCUCAUGACAAUACAGGACCAGAACUGGGCCUGGGUGUGGUGUGCAGAUGGGCCGAAUGGACAAGAGGCAAAGAGCUAUGUGUGGUUAAAGAGCAAGGGUGGUGUAGACUUUGGCUGAGUCUGGUCUGUGUUGGUUACUAGCUUUGGGACCUAGGGCAUGGUUCUUGAGCAAUUUGUGCCUCAGUUUCUUCAUCUGUGCAGUAGGGAUGGCUACAGUACCCAAACUCAUAAGGCUGUUUGUUGGUAGCAUUUCACGAUAUGAUGAAUGCAAAGUAGCUAGAACAGUGCUUGGCCUACAGCAAGCAUCCAAUAAAUAUAAAUUUUACUGGCAUAGGUGAAAUAGCACAGGCAAAAUUAGCCUGGGUUAGUUCUAAGGAAUGUGAGGGUUACCUCUUGAGUUAUAGUCCAUCAAAGUGAGUUACAUUAAAGGGAGAGAAGGCAGAAUUUAACCAAAUUUGAAGAGUCUCGGCUGCCAUUCACAUAGACAGUUCUGUGCUAGAAAGAUUCAUCAUGCUCCUCAGAGCCAGUGCACUGUCACUUGGUCACUGAGUCAAAGGCCCAGAAAAGUAAAUACAACAGAUGAGCGUCUGGAAAGAGUAGGUGUGGGAAGGCCAACCUUGAGACAGGGAAGGAAAGAAGAGAAACAUCAGAGCCACUCCUUGUGUGCCUUUCUUGCCCAACAUUUCCCUUCUGUCCCUGCCAUGCAGAGGAAAGUCAGACACUAGUGCAAGAGUCUCAUGCUGCCUCUUCAGGAUGCACCAGCUCUGAAAGGAUGCGCGCCUGCCCGGGCUCCAGACACUCGCAAACCCUUCCCAGAGACAAACCAUUUCCAACGCCCUGCUCUAAAGCUGACCCACCUCUUGGAAGGUGAGGCCAGGGCUCGCCGCUGAAUAGGCCCCAUUGUCCUCCCAAGUGUCUGUGGGUCCAGAUGCCGUAGGCCUGGAGGUUCCACUGCGGCCUGUGGUGCGGUCUGCCUGUACACUUUGAUUUAAUCCAGGGACAACACUUGAAAAAUCAAACAGGCAACACAUGCAAUUCCAGGAGCUCCUGCCAGACUCAUACCCUGUUUUUCCAUCAUUCUGCUCUUCUCCCCCUUAGGAGGGAGUUUCCUUCCUCAUUUUGUGCAUGAAAAAUCAAAACCACCAACAGGACAAGCACCUGAUAAGGAGCGAGGCAUUGCCCAAGAGUUCCCAGGCAGAGGCGUCUUUGUUCUCGUUUCAAGCCCUUGACACUGCUAACAGCUCUAAUUACUGCAUUUGCCAUGGGAUGUAAAAUAAAACCACAUUCCAGAAACCAUGCAGUCUCCCGGGGAGACACAUGCAGGGAGAGGUGCCCAGGGCUGCAGGAACGUGUUCUUUCAUUUCUGGUCCCUAACCUUGGCAGCUAUUCUGAGAAUUUAACAGUACCUUCUUUAUGUGCAUGGAAAAGGGCACUUUUGCACAUGUAGGGAUCUAUCUCACUACCUGUAUCCACAAAUUUGGUCUGUGUAUUUGACUACAUUGUGUGCAAAGCAUGUUUCUUCUUAAGGACAUUAGGACCUUUAAAACUCACCCUAGCCAUUUUGGGAGAAAUGAGGACUUCAGGAAUUCCUGAAGCUGGAAGUACAACAAAAUACAACUUCUUCCAACAUCAUUUAACUAUAAAAUCUGAUGAUGUAACACCCGCCCACACCCACAUCACAAAACAAAGUGACAUCACAAAUACUAGGGAUAAUGGUUCAAGACUGCCUGCAUGUGAGCCCAAAGUUAAAGAAACUGCAAUUUGCCCAUACACGACUGAGGCAGAGAAAGACAAGUGACUAGAAAUAUUAAAACAAAACAAAACCAGAGAGAAAAGGGAAAGAGAAAAUACGUAUUUCUUCCCCCUACUGAAACAUGGUAAGGCAAUUUAAUUUUUUUAUAGAUGCCAUUUCUCAGAAAGCCAGGUCUCUUUAAGUAUUUUAUUCUAAUUUAUCCAAAUUAUUCUCUGGUUCUUGGCUGACCCCAGGAAAUGGAAGGCAGCAUCAUUUGCAUUAUGCUUUUGCCAAAUUGACCCCAGAGUAUAUGUGUCUAUUAAGCAGCUUUUCUUGGCUCAUGACAAUCUGGUCAGAAAGUGGAUUGAUUUUCAGUGUUUGGCAGAACUUUACCUGCUGUCCUUUCUGCAUGACAACAUGGUUGAGAAGUGACUACAGCUCCCAUAGGAAUCUCAAGUGAUCCUGUCUUCCUUGCUUUUCGUGCCAUGAGUCCCCUGGUUUUCUGGUAGAAAGGAGUUGUCUUUCAUUCCUUGUUAACAAUACCUGACCCUCCACUUACAGCCCAACCAUGCUAUGUUCUUGGAGAGCCUGAAUAUCGCUGUGUCUUGGUGAAGUUACUGUCACUUCCCUACUUGGUAUAAAAGGCUUUGGUGAGCAGGAGAGAUGGGUAAAAAGAUUUCUAAGAGCUGUGGGGAAGGAAUGGUCUGCAAAAAGAUGUGGAUACUUUGCCUCAAAAGGAGACCUUCUAGUCUCUGCUCGAGAACUGGCCUUUCCUUCCCCUUAUGUUUCCAGCAUCCCGUCUGUGUGAGAUGGGGCCCCAGCAUCCCUACCCAUGGACUCCGACAGUCUAUCUUACUGAACACCAGGCUUCAGGACUGCUGUGUGGACUCACCAGCUCUCACCCACACCCGGAAGGCUGGAACGUGUGCCAAGCGGAGCAUCCAAGCCCCAGUACCAGGUACCACCGCAUCCCGGGAAGUUGUAAAGAACCCGUUGACUGCCAGUUCAUUCUCCCUGAUUAAGCUGGUGCUCAGGCGACAACUAAAGGGUAAAUGCUGACCAGUACCACACAAGUUUGGAGGGGCAAAACCCUUGAAGAGAUUAAAGCCCAAGGACAAUUCAGCGAUGAAAGCCACCCAGCGGUGCAGGAUAAGGAACUCCAUCAGUUCCAAGAACAGGCAGCCAAUGGGGCAGCCGCCAGGCUCACCUGGGAGCAGGAGGCCUGUCGGAGACAUCAAGGAGGGAAAACAAAGUUCAAAGGAGAAAAAAGUAACAGUCCGCCAAGAUCUUGAGAGCAGAUAUGCUGAACAUGUGGCUGCCACCCAAGCACUACCCCGGGACAUUGGGACGGCAGCCUGGAAGGGCCGGGCAUUGCUUCCUGAAACCAGGAGACAGCAGUUGGCGGAGGACAUGCUAACCAUCCACGGCCUCCCCACAGAGGGUUACCAGGCUCUGUAUCACACUGUGGUGGAGCCAAUGCUAUGGAAUCCUUCAGGGACCCCCAGGAGGUACAGCUUGGAGCUGGGCAAGGCCAUCAAACAAAAGCUCAGGGAGGCUCUGUGCAGCCAGGCCGCUGCCCCUGAAAGUGCUCAGAAGAACCCGCUGCCAGGCAGGAAGCAGCUAGACGUCCAUGAGGAGCUUCUGCCCAAGAAACGGCCCAAGUUUAAAAGUGAGAAAUAGGAACAAGAGCUCCCAGGAUUAGGGUGUUCUCUGCUAGAUGUCAGAAAAAUAAACAAUACUUUGCACCUUCCACGUAAUCUCAGGAGUGCUUUACAAAUUAGGAACUACCCUCCCCAGGAAACAAGACAACCGGGUACCAGAUUCAUUUCAGAUGGCAGGCCCGUCGCCUCUCUCGUGAUUAGGUAUUUUCAAGGGCUAGAAGCUUGGGGCUUUGUUCCUACAAGCCCCUUCUCCUUAGCAGGGGCUUGAGGGCCUCUCAAUCUUCCAGGUAGGAAAAGGUCUGGGAAAUGAAGCUGAUGAUUUAUACACAGCCUCUGCUCCCUAUUUUUAAAAAGUGGACUGCUAGGAUCGAUUACCAUUUCCCUCACUCACUCUACCUAGAGCAGAGCAGAGCGAUCACCACCACCUCAAGGGCAUAAUCCCGCACGCUCUCGAUUGGAUACUCUCCCGUGGCACCACCCAAAUCCCCCAACACCUCAACUCUGUGUUAACAGAAGAGGAAUUUAUACAGAUGCUUCCAUGAGUGAGUUGAAUACAAAAGGCAUUGCUUCAUGCACAUCUCUUCUUUGUGGUAUCUGUAGACCAAAUAGAGCAAUGACAACAUGUAACACGUACUUGAUAAAAUUGUAUUUUUUUUUUU